CGCCCGCUCCUCCCCACCCCCGCGCGGGCGCUGCAGGGGCUGCACGGGCGGGCCGGGCGCGAUGGCUCGAGCCCGGGCGGCGGCGGCGGCGGCGGGCGGCGGCGGCGCCGCCUCGUGCUCGGCCCGGCGCCGGCGGUGAUCGCAGCGAGCGGCCGCGGCGGCCCCCGAUGAGACUGUGGGUGGCGUGGCUGUGCCUGAGCCUGGCGUCCGCGUGGCUGGCGCGGAGGAUGUGGACGCUGCGGAGCCCGCUCGGCCGUUCCCUGCACGUGAACAUGACGAGCGGCCCCGGCGGCCGGAGGGAGACCCACCAGUGGUAUGUGUGCAACAGAGAGAAAUUAUGUGAAUCACUCCAGGCUGUCUUUGUUCAGAGUUACCUUGACCAAGGAACACAGAUCUUCUUAAACAACAGCAUUGAGAAAUCAGGCUGGCUCUUUAUCCAGUUAUAUCACUCUUUUGUGUCAUCUGUCUUCAGCCUUUUUAUGUCUAGAACGUCUAUCAAUGGGUUGCUAGGAAGAGGCUCAAUGUUUGUGUUUUCACCAGAUCAGUUUCAGAAACUGCUUAAAAUCAACCCAGAUUGGAAAACCCAUAGACUUCUUGAUUUAGGUGCAGGAGACGGAGAAGUCACAAAGAUCAUGAGCCCUCAUUUUGAAGAAAUCUAUGCCACGGAGCUGUCUGAAACGAUGAUAUGGCAGCUGCAGAAGAAGAAGUACAGAGUUCUUGGGAUAAAUGAAUGGCAGAAUACAGGAUUCCAGUAUGACGUCAUCAGCUGCUUGAAUUUGCUGGACCGUUGUGAUCAGCCUCUAACUUUGUUAAAAGAUAUCAGAAGUGUUUUGGAGCCAACUCGGGGCAGGGUCAUCCUUGCCCUGGUCUUACCCUUUCACCCCUAUGUGGAAAACGUAGGUGGCAAGUGGGAGAAACCAUCGGAAAUUUUGGAAAUCAAGGGACAGAAUUGGGAAGAGCAAGUGAACAGCCUGCCCGAAGUCUUCAGAAAAGCUGGUUUUGUGAUCGAAGCUUUCACCAGACUGCCGUACCUAUGUGAGGGCGACAUGUACAAUGACUACUACGUGCUGGAUGACGCAGUCUUUGUCCUCAAGCCGGUGUAGACGAGGGAGUGGGGGGUGGGGGGGCCAAGUCUCCACAGUCUGCCUCAAGAAUGUCCACCUGAGAAGAGGGGCAGCAUUCAUGACUGUGUGGAGGGAGGAACAUUGGGGGCUGCCGUUCUGAAUAUCAUGUAGGAAUUAAAAAAGCCAAAAUACUAAUUAUUUCUUUGUAGUGUGUAAAAGGAAUGUUUUUAAAAAAACAAAAAUGCAACUCGUUGAGGAUUUUUAUCAGCUCUCUACUCAGUAAUGCAGGUCACAUUCCAGUGAUGGAAGAUAUUUUUUAUACUUAAUCGCAGUAGGGAUUCGUUCCCAGGCAGAGUACUUGUCCCGGCUCCAACAGAACCAGUGCAUAUGGAUUGUUUAUACUAAAAGGAAGACUGGCAAUAAAGCUGCCCAUUCAGUCACGAAUAUUGGUUAUAAGGUGUAGCCACUGAUACUCUUUCAUGUUUAGAAAUUCUUUCUGUCAUUAUUCAAGAAAAUGUUUUUAAUCAUGCUAAUAAACUUUUUGGA